AUGGUCCGAGGUGCUAAUGCAUUCCGUGGAGUCCUCGCCGGAAUACAGAAUGGCUACAAUGCUAUUAAUCUUGGCAGAGACAUUAUCGAUCCUGUUGGCCCUUGGGAUGAGUGGAUUCGGGAUCAUUUCCGUAGCAUGGCAAUCAGGUCAUUGGAGUUUAUAAACACCAAUAUUGCAGCCAUGCGAACUGCCCACCAACCAGGAGGCCCGACUAACCCUAUCACUUUACAAGUAUUUGAGCAUUUGGUCCGCUUGGCGAGAGAUGCCAGGUACAUCGAUGCCAACACCCUCAUUAUUGGUCUCAAUUAG